UGAGAGAUGUUCGGCUUUGGGAAAAGUCACGGACCGCUCGGGAUCCUCAGAGAAUCCGGCACGCGCGCUUCCUCGCGACUGUACUGCGCCUUCACCAUCCUCCUGCUCAUCCUCACACCCCGCGUGGACUCAUCCUGGUGGUACAUUGGUGCUUUGGGUGCGAGGGUGAUAUGUGAUAACGUGCCAGGACUGGUGAAUAAGCAGAGACAACUGUGUCAGAAGCAUCCAGACAUAAUGCAGUCGAUCAGUGAGGGAGGAAAGGAGUGGAUCAGGGAGUGCCAACAUCAGUUCAGACAUCACAGAUGGAACUGCAGCACUAUCGAGCGUGACCACACCGUCUUCGGCAGAGUCAUGCAACGCAGCAGUCGGGAAGCUGCCUUUGUGUAUGCGAUCUCGUCGGCGGGCGUCGUGUACGCCAUUACCCGCGCCUGUAGCCAGGGGGAGCUGAAGAGCUGCAUCUGUGACCCGCACAAGCGAGGCAAAGCCAGAGACGAGCACGGCGAGUUUGACUGGGGUGGCUGCAGUGACAAUAUUAACUAUGGGAUAAACUUUGCUAAAGCUUUUAUUGAUGCUAAGGAGCGCACCGUGAAAGAUGCACGAGCACUUGUGAACCUUCAUAACAACCGCUGUGGAAGAAUGUCAGUAAAACGCUUUAUGAAGCUGGAGUGCAAGUGCCACGGUGUGAGCGGCUCCUGCACGCUGAGGACAUGCUGGCUGGCAAUGUCAGACUUCCGAAAGACUGGAGAUUACCUCCGCAAAAAAUACAAUGGUGCCAUUGAAGUCACUGUAAACCAGGAUGGAACGGGAUUCACCGUGGCCAACAAGGAUUUCAGGAACGCCACCAAGAAUGACCUGGUGUACUUUGAAAACUCGCCUGACUACUGUUUAAUGGACAAAGCUGCAGGUUCGCUGGGCACGGCUGGACGCGUCUGUAACAAAUCAUCCCGAGGGACGGAUGGUUGCGAGGUGAUGUGCUGUGGCCGAGGUUACGACACAACACGUGUGAAACGCAUCACUAAGUGCGAGUGCAAGUUUAAAUGGUGCUGCGCAGUCGAAUGUAAGGAUUGUGAAGAGGCGGUGGACAUACACACCUGCAAAGCUCCAAAACGAGCCGAAUGGCUGGAUCAGACCUGAGAGCCGGCCUCCUCCUGUAUUCCCUUGUCCCAUAGAUCUCCUGUGAACAGCAGCAUCCUGGGAUACGAAGUCCAUCCCUUGUGGCUCCUCUCUAUGAUCCCUAUUCUUUGUUGCAUGGCUUUUUUAUAACUCUGUGAAAGCACUACAAGUAAAGAAAAACUGCAUUUCCCAUGAGCGCCUUGCACACUACACCCAACCUGGCACAUUACUCUGCCUGUCUGAUGCUCUUUUUUUUUGUAUUGAACUGAGCAGAGAACAGGGGAGUGUAAGAAUGAGCUAUACUGCAACUGUGAACUUUUUGUAGGUGUUUGUUUUUUUCUUUUGUGAAAUAAAAAAAAAAUAUGAUAUUUUUAUCAUCAUGUUUAAUGCUGCAUUUAAAAUGCUUUAAAGAACUUUAUAAAGAAAAUCUUGAAGCCUCCAUAUAGUAUCAUGGUUACUAGUAGAAUAUCCACACUUAUUUGUUAUUAAGAACAUACCUGUGUGCCAUUGUACUAGUCAUCCUCACAUUAUAUCCUUUCACUUGGACUGAUAAAGACUGUGAAAUUUUGAGGCGGGAAGCGGCAGCAUAAGGACGGAUGGUGGCCGACAACUUUGCACACUUUCAACUCAUCCUGUGGACAGAUCCUGUGGUUUGGACCUCAAGUGACUGAAAAAAAAAAUCAAGAGAAAAAGAAAACAUGAAACCUAAUGAUGAACAUGCACUAAGAAUGUUAGUUUACCAAUGAGCAACAAUAAAUAUUAAUAAAUAAAACGAAAUACCAAACUUUAUAAGUAUAAACAACUAUCUGGCCAUGGCAGCCAAACGAAUAGAGAGUAGUUGUUGGAUUAAUGAUGUUGAUGUUACCUGGAAUAUACUGUAGUAUCAGAUAGAUGCUGAUGAUUUGUUUCGGCUCAUCUUUGUAACUUCUGUAUACUGCGUUAUUAUUUUUUCAACAGAAAUUCACAUAAAGUAUUAAGUAUAAAAACUGAAUUAAUAUGUGUGACUAUAAUAAAUUGUUUAAUUAUUUAAA